GCUCGGAAGCUGCGACGCUGAGUUUCACUUCGGCUGCCUUCUUAAGAGUCCGAGGCGCAGUCGGAGCCCUGCCCGAGCGGAGCCGGAGUUGCAGCCUCAGCGCCACGGCGCGCUCAGCCUGCUCGCCGCCCGCCUCAGCCUCGGUGCCUUGGAAUUUGUGUUGCUGAGUCAGCAAGCCUUCCAGAUUUGCCCAGUUUUUGUUGUUCACGUUUUAUAUCAAGAUGAGAACUCAAACAAGUCAUUCCUCUUAACGAUCUGGUGACUCCAUCAAGAAGGGACAGUUUGUGCCAGCUCUCCAGAGGGGAAAAAAAAAAAAAAGGAUUUGACUUUCCCAGGUCUUGGGGCGGCUUCCUGACAGCGCGCCAGGUGGCUGUGCGGUGAGAAGUCUCUGAAGGUCCUGCUCCAGUUCACAGGUCUGCGGGGGGGCACUGGGAAAUGAACCCGAGGCUCCAGCCCAGAGUGCUCUGACGCAGAUUGGGAAAGCAGAGGGAGUCCUGGGGAAGAUGGCCAUGGCCCCAAGCCCUUCCCUGGCUCAGGUGUACACCAGCCCCGUGGCAGUGGCUGUGUGGGAAUGGCAGGAUGAGCUGGGCACCUGGCACCCUUACAGCGCCACCGUCUGCAGCUACAUCGAGCAGCAGUUUGUCCAGCAGAAGGGCCAGCGCUUUGGGCUGGGAAGCCUGACCCACAGCAUCCCCUUAGGCCAGGCUGACCCCUUGCUGGCCCCUUACAUCAUCGACCUCCCCAGCUGGACCCAGUUCCGCCAGGACACCGGCACCAUGCGGGCUGUGCGGAGGCACCUGUUCCCCCAGCACUCGGCCCCAGGCCGGGGCAUCGUCUGGGAGUGGCUGGGCGACGAUGGCUCCUGGAUGGCCUACGAAGCCAGCGUCUGUGAUUACCUGGAGCAGCAGGUGGCCAGGGGCACCCAGCUCGUGGACUUGGCUCCCCUGGGGUACAACUACACCGUCAACUACGCUACCCACACGCAGACCAACAAGAUUUCAAGCUUCUGCCGUAGCGUGCGGCGCCAAGCAGGGCCCAGCUACCCGGUGACCACCGUCAUCGCCCUGCCGGGCCACUCGGGAGUCGCCUGCUCUUGCCACCAGUGCCUCAGCGGUGGCGGGACUGGCCCCGUGUCAGGCCGCUACCGCCACUCCAUGACCAACCUCCCCACGUACCCUGUCCCCCAGGCCCCCCACAGGACCACUGCUGUCUUUGGGGCCCACCAGUCCUUUGCCCCGUACAGCAAGCCCUCACUCUUUGGGGCUCGCUCUGCACCUAGGCUGAACACCACCAGCUCCUUGGGUGGGGCACCUCCCACCCUGGGGAACCAGCCCCUCUACCGCUCCAGCCUCUCCCACCUGGGCCUGCAGCACCCACUCCCAGGACCCUUCACUUUCAGUGGAACAAGUGCCUCCCUGCCCAGUGGUCCCGCCAGCAGCCCUGGGAGCGCCCCUGCCAGCGUGCCCAUGCAGAUGCCAAAGCCCAGCAGGGUCCAGCAGGCGCUCGCAGGCAUGACGAGUGUGCUGCUGUCAGCCAUUGGACUCCCCGUGUGUCUUAGCCGUGCACCCUGGCCUGCCAGCCCUCCCGCCUCCCGCCUGGUCUCUAAAAGCCACAGCUCAGUUAAGAGAUUGAGGAAAGUGGCCGUGAAAGGUGGGUCUCCAAAGCCAGAGCCAGAGCAGGUGAUAAAAAACUACACCGAAGAGCUGAGGACACCCCCAGAUGAGGACUGCAUCAUCUGCAUGGAGAAGCUGUCCGUGGUGUCUGGUUACUGCGACGUGACCAACAGCAAGAGCCUCGGGCCCGUGGCCGUGGGCCGCCUCACCAAGUGCAGCCAUGCCUUCCACCUGCUCUGCCUGCUGGCCAUGUACUGCAACGGGAACCAGGAUGGGAGUUUGCAGUGUCCUUCCUGUAAAACCAUCUACGGAGAGAAAACCGGGACCCAGCCCCAGGGGAAGAUGGAGGUCUUCAGGUUCCAGGUGUCCCUCCCUGGCCAUGAGGACUGCGGGACGAUACUCAUAGUUUACACCAUUCCGCACGGCAUCCAGGGUCCCGAACAUCCCAAUCCUGGAAAGCCGUUCACUGCCAGGGGGUUUCCCCGCCAGUGCUACCUUCCAGACAACUUCGAGGGCCGCAAGGUCCUGGAGCUCCUCAAGGUGGCCUGGAAGAGGCGACUCAUUUUCACAGUGGGCACAUCCAGUACCACAGGCGAGGUGGACACAGUGGUGUGGAACGAGAUCCACCACAAGACAGAGAUGGACCGCAACGUGACAGGCCAUGGCUACCCCGACCCCAACUACCUGCAGAACGUGCUGGCCGAGCUGGCCGCCCAGGGCGUCACUGAGGACUGCCUGGAGCAGCAGUGACCUGCUCGCCUGGCUGGCCCCACUCCCUGCGCGCCCCAACCCUGGCUCUGCCGUGAGCGCCCUGUCCUCCCCAUCGCUGGCAGGACUGCCCCUCAGGUGGGCGGGCAGGGGAUUCUUUCCUGAGAGGACGCUUGUCCGGGGCACGGGGCCUGCUCCACCUCAGGCUGCGGCUGCCACCUGCCUCUCCCCUCCCCCGCCCCAGGCUUGGGUCUGCGGGGGAGUCCGGCAGCCUGGGGAGUUGUACUUCAGGGGCUGAAAAUGCAACUACCUCAGUGCAGGGGGCCCUUCUGUUCUCAGAGGGCUGCGUUGGGCCUGCAGGGCCGGGGCCUGGUGUGGGGGGAAUAGAGACCGUGCGCCGUCCCCAGCCCGGAGCAGGCGUGGCUUCCAGGUCAGCUUCUCAUACCUCAUAUUUUUUGUUUGCAAUAAAUGCCACGUAGCAAGAGUCA